CAAGCACAUACUCUUAGCUGCUAAGGCAGCGCCGUUGGUGAGUUUGCACAUGACUGGCAUGGCGGUGGCGCGGCUCGCCGUGGCCCUCCUACUGCUGGCGACGGGCUGUGCGGGGCGCGACAUCGUCGUCGGCGGCCGCGGCGGGUGGACGGCGAACCCCGCCGAGCCGUUCAACCACUGGGCCGAGCGCAAUCGCUUCCAGGUCAACGACCGCCUCGUGUUUAGGUACAAAGGGCAAGAGGACUCGGUGCUGGUGGUGAGCCAGAGCCACUACGAUGCAUGCAACACCAGCGACCCCUUCAUGCGCCUCGGCGGUGGCGAAUCCGGCUUCGUCCUCUCCCACUCCGGCCCUUACUUCUUCAUUAGCGGCGACGCCGCACGCUGCCAGGCCGGUGAGCGCCUCAUCGUCGUCGUCCUCGCCGUGCGUACCCCUUCGCCUGCUCCUUCAACACCGCCGCCACCACCCAAGUCACCCCCCUCGUCGCCGCCUCCCGCUCCGGCAGCUGCGGGGAAUUCUUCUACGUCGCCACCACCGGCGCUAGCUCCGCCGGCUGCGGGAAAUUCUUCCACGUCGCCACCACCAGCGCUUGCGCCGCCGGCUGCGGGAAAUUCUUCCACUUCGCCGCCUCCGGCGCUAGCGCCGCCGGCUGCGGGGAAUUCUUCCACGUCGCCACCUCCAGCAAUAGCGCCGCCGCCGGUAACGAAUGGUACGGUGUCGCCACCGCCGAGUUCGCCAUCGUGCGCGUCAGCCUUGCGGGGCGGUUUCUUGGCGUGCCUCGUGAUAGCCGGAACCAUAGUGCUAGCUUGAUUUGGUCGAUCGGUCCCUCCUGCUGCAUUGGAUUGUGUUUGAUUUGUUUCCAUUGGUAUAUCUCCAAAUUUUAGGAUUCUGUCGGAUCAAAUAACAUUGUUUCCUUAUUUCAUCGUUAUAGCGCGAGUAAGGGUAUGUAAUCUUUCAUACUGUAGUAUGUAAUUCAGCCAUUACGCCAGAUAAUUAAGAUGGGUGAUUUUGCUUGUUGAACAAUUUUGC